AACAUCUUAGCAAAUAGACUUAAGCUUUAGGAAGGCUUGAGAAACAAUUGUAUUUGCUUGAGAGUGUGUGUGGGAUGACUGUCUAAGGAUGUUUCAUCAGUGCCCACAAGAGGCACAUGCUUCUCACAUUCUAGAGCUGAGAGGACAAAGAGCCAUCCACAGGCGCAUAUGCCUUUCACUCAGUAGAUUUCACUGUGAGACCAUGUCGUUUAGAUUCGGCCAACACCUCAUCAAGCCCUCUGUGAUUUUUCUCAAAACUGACCUGUCCUUUGCCCUGGUGAAUAGGAAACCCGUUGUACCUGGCCAUGUCCUCGUGUGCCCACUGAGGCCAGUGGAGCGCUUUCGUGACCUACGUCCUGAUGAAGUGGCCGAUUUGUUUCAAGUGACCCAGAGAGUUGGGACAGUGGUGGAGAAGCAUUUCCAGGGUACCUCCAUCACCUUCUCCAUGCAAGAUGGUCCUGAAGCUGGACAGACUGUGAAGACAAUUAUAUUUCCAAGCCUUGCUACUUUCUGGUGACAGAGUAGCUCAUAGAUGGUGUUCAUGGAACCAGGAUGCGUGGAAUCCAGUCCUGCCGCACUAGUAGCUUCUCCAGGAAGCACAGCAUAGUAGCACCUUCAGAAUCUGGCUGUCCUAUUUGGAUAGUUUUUGUCAAGGCUGGGAAUAUUUCAUGUUUUGAAAUUCACACAGUUACACAUUUUGAAGGGAGGUUGGUCAGCCUACCAUGGAACGCAUGGGGCCUAUCCUUGCAUUCUUUACCUGUGUGUGAGAUUCUCAAUGCUGUUUAGUGUCUGAUUUCUGGGUUCUAAUCCACUUUUGCCAAAUGCCAGGUGGUAAUAACAAUAAGCCUAUUAAUGGCCUUUUUCCCUGAAGCAAGUGUUGCUAUUGUUAAUGAGGGUACACCACUGAGUUAGCCUCUUGAACAGGAUGGUACUUCAGGGAAUGUUUUUUCCUGAGGCUUUAGAUUCUGCUUAGCAACGCACAGGCUGACCUGGCUUACUCAUUAAGACCCUUGGAACAAGGAAAAGGAAAUAUUGAAGUUAAAAGUGACCUCUUAUUUUAUAAUUGAUUAUUUGGUUUCCUUCUUGAGUUAAAUAGUAGAACACGGCUGGGUACAGGGUGAUUAUUACAAUGAUGUGGAUAUCCUACAGGUUUGAGAAUUAAUCUCUUUCUCCUCUCUGCUACUCAGCCCUUCCCUGACACCCACCCAAGCUGUCCUGGGGAACCUCAUGGUCCCUCUCCUGUUGUCUAGCUAGAUUCCUGUCAAGGAAUUUUUCAUUACUUCUGACACAUUGGUUUGUUUAUGUAUGUUCCUUUUUUUCCUGUUGUUUCUAUUGUCUCCAUAUAUAUAUGUAUAUAUACACACUCACUUUGUGAUUUUGGAUUCUGUUGUUAUUGAUGAUACUUAGAGCAUAUUGCCCAAUGGCCUCUGGAAUGGUUUACCAUGAAAGAAACUGUGGGAGGAAGAAGGUCCCUCUUUAGACCUAUUCCACUGUCCUCCUUUGAAGUCUGCCAUCAAAGAAUGAUCUGAUCUACUUGUCCCAAAGGAGGUGUAAUGCACUCCCUUAUCAAGCAACUGCCUUUUUCAGGCAUACUGUGAAUGCAGAACAAGCAGGCCUAGAUCCAAGAGCCACUUUCUCUCCCUGCCACUUCCUCCUGUCUAUAAAAACACUUUGUCCUGUUUCCUUUGCUGUCUGAAUCUGAAGCUACCCUCAGCCUAUAAAACUUACAUCAAGCGAGUGUGCUACAGUCUUCCCUCGUCAAUCUGAACCACCGUUGUGGUGAUCCUUACCCUAACCUAGUAAUAGGAACAAAA